GCACAGUAUAUUAAAUGCUCUACUGUGAAAAGAGGACAAAACAUGUUGUCAUCCGUCCUACUCCGAGGCUUUUUUAUCCCUAUCCCUCUCAUGAGAAAGCCAAGCGGCCAUGAAAAAAAUCGAGAGGCUACAAAAGUGAGUUCCAAAGUGGAAGAAACAAUGAGACGAAUUUAGCUUUGUAGGAUCAAAGAGCAAUAGUCCAGCGCGUUACGUUGAGAAAUGGCGAAGGCGUCACUCUCCACUCCAACCCAUAAACAGCUGUGUGGUGUGGGUGCUGUACCCUGUUCCACUAAUACUUUAUCCAGCAGCAACCUUGCUUCAGAAGUGACCUAGCUUGCUUGCUUUCUUAUUGGGUAUACUCUGGCAUCAUCUCUGUAUCGGAAUGUGCUUCUUUCUACCAUGGUGGUAACAGCGGGAGAGAGUCGACUUGUCGGUACCAUUAGUACCAGUUGUGCCACCAUCACUACGACGACAUCAGUGAUGGCACCGAGCGUGUGCACUGAUACCAUUUUUAAAGCCAUCUCUGGAAAACUCGAGUUAUCCGUGGGAUGUUCCGCUGUGGCUGUCUUGGCUUCGCUACAGCGGAACCCUCCGAUCGCUGCCUGCGUAACCAAGGUAGUGAUCCAGGGUACUAGUACUACAUCAUGUAGUAGUAACCUUGAUGAUUCAUCAGGCAGCAGCUGUGCCCGAGAGGAUCUGAUCCAUCUACUGGCGUCCGUUGGAAGCAUCUGCCCUCGGUUGGAAGAACUGAUUAUCCUGUUGGAUACCACCAACACAACAAGAUCGUCCGUGGAAUUUCCAGUGGCGGCGUUAACUGCCUUCUUUCAGCAGGCUCCAAAACACUUGGUUUCUCUCAAGAUAUCGGCCGUGAUAGAAGGCAACCAAACGGAUUUCGUGGAACUGGAAAAGUCUAUUGGGCUCUAUGGGCCGGGUAGUUGGAAAGAUCUCCGAUUGGAAUUCUGCGAACCCUCGAGGGAUACCCAUAGCUUGGAUCCACUGUUGGGAGCUUUUGCAGCAGCUCCUAGCCUGAAACAAGUUACUCUAUCAGGAACCAGCAUCGACCACUCGCGAUCUUGUACGGGGCCUUCUCUAGUCAAGCUGGUUCGAAGUCAUCUAGAGGUUCUGACGAUUUGGGGUGGCAAGAGACGGUUGGAUACCCAAGAUACCUGUGCUCUUAUCCGGGCCCUCGAGACACAUACGAGCCUCAAGGAACUCACAUUGCAUGCCAGAGGGUUGAACCCCACCGUGGGACAAGCUCUGGCAAAGUGUCUGAGUGUCAACUCCUCGAUACAACGGCUUAUCCUGAACGUUAGUGAUAAUAGCCCAACGAACUCUCCCCGGGAUUAUACCCUGACCACGACAUUGCUGGCGGAUGCGUUGUGCCACGAUAACCGGACCUUGCGGAUGCUUUCUCUCGACUAUUCCACCGACGACCAGACUACGACUGCUGGAGAUAGCUUGGACCAUGACUUCUACGAGUACGACGUUAUCGACGAAACCGCCAAGGCUGUGAGGGACACGCAAGCUGUCACCAAUGCGUUCACCAAGAUGCUCUAUUGCAAUCCUGUCCUUGAAGUCUUGUGGAUGAACGUGGAUCACGUCGCCGAGGAGCUCGACGAAGAAGAAGAGGAGGCUAGUGCUUCUUUGCUGACUCUCGAGAUGGAUAUGUUGCUCCGUCUCAAUCGGUUCGGCAUCCGCAAACGCCUCCUCGGAAGAACCGCAUCCAGUAUGGAAUGGAUGGAUGCGCUGGCUUCACAAAACGAUGACUUGAACGCGCUCUUUUACCUCGUGUCGAGGGAUCCUUCGCUUUGCUGUGUUGAUUUGGAUCGCAAACGUCCAGCACCAACGAAUGGAGGCACGCCCAGAGAACACAAGAAACAAAAGACGGCACCUUUUGAAGCGCUUGUCUAGGGACUAGACAAUGUUCCUUUGAGGGGGGCCAACGAAAGGCAAGACUUUGAUGAGCGUUGACAACCUACAUGCUCAUCAUCAUGCAUAACAUCACCAUCAGAACGCUCAAGCACAACAUAGACUACAAGGUACAUCAAGGGCAUCUCAGUACUUGAAUGCAAACGCCGUAGAAACAUACACUCAACACUCAUCACAACAUCACCAAAAGAACACUGAACGUCAAAAGAGAGACUAUUCCACGCACUCGAACUAUUUAAUCAGGGAUGAAACACAACCACAUACACAAGGCCCUUAUGAAACUGAACCGGGGAAUGACCAUUGCGAGAACUCACUGGGGCCUUACCAACAGAUACAAUACAAUACACUAUAUGCAUACAAGACUUGCACCCUCAUGACAGUCCAUGACACGCACACUUCUCUCUCUCUCUCUACCCACACAACACCAACAAAUCCUUCUAAAAGUUUAGGCUACUUACAAUAGAUAUAACACUGUAACUCAACUUGAAUGGACG